AGCCUCCAAAGGCCAAUUACCAUCAUUGCAUAUGCUAUGCCACCACUAUAAAUAUCAUCAAACAAUACGGAGUGCAAGGAAGAAAAUAGUACUCCCUCCGUCCUAAAAUUAAUUUCCUAGUUUGACUUUUGCAGUCAAACUUUUUAAACUUUGACCGUAUAUUACGGAAAAAAUAUAUUGAAUUUUCAUAUAAAUUUAUUGUCAAUAGAUUCAUUUUGAAACAUAGUUUUGAAAUAUGUUAUUUUUGUAAUAUAUAUUCAUAUAAAAAUGGAGAUAUUAAUGGUCAAAGUGUUGCAUUGGAGACCGUGAAAAGUCAAAUGGGAAGUUAAUUUUAGGACGGAGGGAGUAGAUUAUUAACUACCACGUAAAAAGACCAAAUCUUGAAGGUAAGGGUGCCAAUUACACAAAGAUUGGUUUUUAGCCAUGGUUUUACUCUCCCCAAUGGCUUAAGCUUGACCCUUUGCCUUUGUGGAAGAGGGAACAACAUCCUCACCCCUCUUAGUCUUUCGCACUGCUGGUUUUGGCAUAGCAGCAUCACCAUUACCAUCCACAAUAGAUUCAUCUCUUCAUACAUUUUUUGUACAUGGAUCUUUGAUCUGCCAUUGAAAACAACCAAGGUAAUAAAGUAUAAAUAAAACACAAAAUGUAAAUUUUUUAUGUUUAGAAAUCUUAAAAAUGUUAAGGCUAAGGAAUGAGGGGCUAUUUGGUGUGUUUAUAUAUGGAAAUUUCAUAUAAGGAGUCAAAAUUUGAAGAGCCAAAUUUGAAGAGCCAAAAUUGAAAAUGAAGGGCUGCGCUUCAAUAGCCAAAUUUGGAUUUCCAAUUUAUAAAGAGUAUGCAGAGUAUCCCUAACACCAAGCCAAGCACAUAUAUCCAAAGUAUCAGAGGUAAUCAAAUUGAAAGAUAUGAAAUUGAAGAAAAAACAGAAUGCAAUAACAACCUCAUGAUGCACAAAAAACAUAAUGGGCAGUAACAACCUCUGAAACAAGAGCUUGCACUAGAGGGGGUCUUGUUCUUCGAGUUGACAUCUUGGACUUCUUUUCUAAAGAUGCUUCCUCAAUCUGUUGGGUGCAGGGCUAAAAAAAGAGGGACAAAACAAGCAGUAAUAUAUAUUGGAAAAGUUGACAGCAAAAAAAUUAUAAAGAAUAAGUACAGCAAAAAUUUUAUCAGCAGAAAUGAUAAAAUAUUAUUCAAAUUGAAGAACAUCACACCUUUGAUUCAAAAUCUACGAAACAAAUACUUAUGGAUUGAUUCCAAACAAAUCUAAGAAACAUAUAAUAAGAACAACACACCUCGAUUCCGAACCAACGCCGAGUCAGAUGCCCAAAUAUUUUGUCGAUACAAAUACUUAUGGAUUAGCAAUUUGAUACAGAACAAACAGUUUAACAAAUUAAAAUUAAAAUUUGUGUAGAACCUGGAAAAAAUAUAUGUGUACGGUGAGCGGGGGGAAUGGAAAUUCAGCAAGGCUAGAGUCAUCUAAAAAAUAUGGUGUGGCUAAAAUUAAUUGAAUGAGAUAGGGUUGAAAAGAGGGGGAUGCCAAAUGCUUUUUGGGAAAUUCCAGCGCCCAAAUUUUGGGAAAGAGGGAUCCGAAUAUUUUUGGGGGAUUCAAAAAUUUUGGCUUACUUUACACACUUUUUAAAUUUGUACUCCUUUCAAUUUAUAUUAUCUGUUUCGAUUUACAAUAUUUGAUAAAUUUUAUUUUUAAAUCAUUUUACAUGAAAAAUGAUUAAAAAUAUGUUUUCUUGAUACUUUACUUUAAAUGAAAAUAUAAGUGUUAAGAAUACUUCAAAUACAUAGAUAUGUUAAUCAUAAGUGUUAAAAUAACUCAAAGAAGUAUUUUAGAUAUCCAAAAAUAUCAAAAAUAGGAUUAGCAGACCGAACGAUUGACGUAAACGGUCAACCGUCGCAUUAAAAAUCGAAACGGAGCAAGACUGUCAGACAAACGGUCGACCGCCGGUGGCCAACGGUCGACCGUCGCCUGCCCAGCCAAGAACCAGCGUCGCCACUUAGUCAACAACGGUCGACCGCCGGUCAACCGCGGUCGACCGUCACGGUAAUCCGGCAUCUCGACGUAAAGAAGAUCAAGGUCGACCGUCCCGCCAAACGGUCGACCGUUCCGAGCCCCGUAGCUUAAUUAAAUGAUAUUUUUAUCAGAUUUCACCCAAAUAAAAUAAAGUAUAUUUAUCCAUUCAUAUUGUUUACAAAUUGUUCAUAUAAUAUGAUUCAUUUCAUCAUCCAUAUGGAAGCAUAUCACAUCAUGUGCAUGCUUCUUCCAGUAGAUGGCUGGAGCGCACGUACCACCACCACCUCCUCCUCCUGCACCCAUUGUCUCGAUUGAAAAACUCAAGAGGAAUGGGGCGCAGGAAUUCUAUGGCGACCAGAUAGCGGACCCUCAAAUAGCCAAGCGUUGGCAAGAACGCACGGUGAGGGUACUCGAGAAUUUGAAGGUACCUGUCGAGGAUUGGGGACUGCACGCCAUAUCCCUAUUGCAAGAUGCCGCCUAUGAUUGGUGGAAAAGAGUGGGCGCCAACAUUCCCGUGCCAGUACCAUGGACUACCUUCGAGCCACUCUUCAGAGCAGAGUAUGUGCCCGAUCACUAUGUAGAGGCCAAAUAUGAGGAAUUCUCCAAUUUCACUCAAGGGAAGCUGACUCUUCCCGAAUACCGUCAGCAGUUUGACGGAUUGGCCGAGUUUGGUAAAGACUUGGUCAACACCAUGGAGAAGCGCUGCAAGAAGUUCAUCAAGGGUAUGAGACCAGACCUGUCGUCAACACUCAUAAUUGCUCCCCGAGCCGACAUCAACGAUGUCUAUAAGAAAGAUCUUGAGCUGAACGAGGAACUCAUUAGGAAAGCUGCGUAUGAACAGGCACUACUCGCAGAAAGUCGGGCCGUCCAUUCAGGCCCGAAAAUGGGGCAUGGGAGCAAGAGGACUUUCUCCGCACCGAGCAACUCUCGCCAUGAUAAGCGAGCGAAAUCUACUCCCUCUACAUCUGUGGCCGUCACUAGUAAGAGCGGGAAGGAGAAGAUGACAUACCGUAAUCCAGUAUGUCCACACUGUAACCGCAGACAUGCUGGUGAGUGUUGGUUCACACAGGGUCUUUGCCUCGGGUGUGGUCAGGCAGGUCACUUCCGGAACGAUUGCCCGACGAACCCAAGCAAGGCUUUCUCCACGGCACCAGGCACGCUGACUGCUCCUCCUGUCCGAAGGGCCGAGCCUACCCAGAGUCAUCGUUUUAUGGCCACGUCCAACCAACCAAAGAAGCCAGCAACUAGUCAACAGCAGGGACGAGCACCAGCUCGUACAUAUGCCAUGCAAGGGCGUACAGACCCGCAGGCUGAUGAUGUCAUCAUGGGUAUGUUCACUUUAUUUGAUAUCACUGCAUCUGCAUUAAUUGACCCUGGAUCUACCUUAUCAUACAUAUGUGUACCUAUGCUUUUUACAUCUGACGUCACUAAGGAAACUCUUGAGCAUCCGAUAGUUGUGUCGAACCCACUGGGACACAGUCUACGUCUCCAACAUGUCUAUAAUCAAUGUCCGUUGAUGGCUCAAGGAAAGAUAUUCUUGGCCGAUCUCAUUGAACUCCCUCACAAGGAGUUUGACGUUAUACUUGGCAUGGACUGGCUGUCGAAACACCAGGCUAUUGUUGAGUGCAAGGAACGAGUGGUGAAACUUUGUACAGACGACGGUAACGAAGUAAUCAUUCGGGGAGAACUUCUCCCAAAGGCCCCAGAAUUCAUCUCUUUUAUGCAAGCAAAACGGCUCAUUCGCAGGAAAUGCGAAGCAUUCUUGUGCACUGUUAAGGAUAUCAUUUCAGCACAGCGUCAGGAUACUUUUUGUCUUGAGACGCGUGAGCUUGUUUCCAAAGGAGAGAAACAAGACUUCUCUGUUCGAGAUAAUGGACCCCACUACCACAUCCCUCCAAUUUACUUUUCCUAUAUUAUCACCCUACCACCACCAUCAUCAUCCUCACACCUUAUCACCAUCAUCCGUCCAUCAUUCAUCCCCUCCCCAUCCUCUCUCUGUCGGCAGCAGCUCAGGAGGAAGAAAACCCAAAAAUACUCCAUUGUUGAGCCAAGGAAGAAGAAGGAGAAACAAGAAGAAGUGUCAAGGUUCCCAAAUCUUAAGCUCAAAAACGCAGCAUCAACUUCUUCGUAAAUUCUGAACUCCCGGAGAUUAUUUCGAAGAAGAUUGGGCGUCGGAAGCUCGAAGUUGAUAGGGGUGACCGUACGUUGAACGUUCGUUGAGGCGUAUUAUUUUCUUUCCAUCAUUCCGACCUCUACUAUAUCAAGGCGAGUACAUUUCACCCUAGUAACGCAAUCCUUGGUUGAAUAUCAAUCUAGAUAUAUCGUUAGGAUUUAUUGCCAUAUUAUAAGUCAUUUAUGCUUUAUGAUCAAACUCAUUGAACUCAUAAAGUAAAAAUAUGUUUUCUUGAUACUUUACUUUAAAUGAAAAUAUAAGUGUUAAGAAUACUUCAAAUACAUAGAUAUGUUAAUCAUAAGUGUUAAAAUAACUCAAAGAAGUAUUUUAGAUAUCCAAAAAUAUCAAAAAUAGGAUUAGCAGACCGAACGAUUGACGUAAACGGUCAACCGUCGCAUUAAAAAUCGAAACGGAGCAAGACUGUCAGACAAACGGUCGACCGCCGGUGGCCAACGGUCGACCGUCGCCUGCCCAGCCAAGAACCAGCGUCGCCACUUAGUCAACAACGGUCGACCGCCGGUCAACCGCGGUCGACCGUCACGGUAAUCCGGCAUCUCGACGUAAAGAAGAUCAAGGUCGACCGUCCCGCCAAACGGUCGACCGUUCCGAGCCCCGUAGCUUAAUUAAAUGAUAUUUUUAUCAGAUUUCACCCAAAUAAAAUAAAGUAUAUUUAUCCAUUCAUAUUGUUUACAAAUUGUUCAUAUAAUAUGAUUCAUUUCAUCAUCCAUAUUGAAGCAUAUCACAUCAUGUGCAUGCGUAAGAGAUCAUGCGUAAUUGCGUCUCUUAUAGUGUGAUGUGCGGGACUUACUAGUCCGGCAUCACCCGUUUCGGGCUUAGUGUACGUACAUGGUAUUCGGGCUUCGAGUACCACCCCUACUUUCUAGUCUCCCUUGAGAGACUAAGGCCGCGUGAGUUCGUCGUACCAAAUGGGCGAAUCUCAUAGCGCAAGGGUGUCCUUGCUCG